UUGGAAAUACCUCCUUUUACCUCAAAACUGAAAAGGAAACAAGCCACCUGCCACACUUGAGGCUGCAUGACCACCCGGAGAAAUGGUGAGCCAUUUCUGAAUUGAGUAGGACUCACCAAGCAGAUACCUGUUCUUCUGAUCCUGAACGGAGUCUGGCUUCUGAGGAAACACUCAGCCUCCAAACCUGAGAGUCUAAGCAGUGCCAGGAAGCAGCCCCAGAAUUUGGGGGCUAAUUACGCACCCCAACCAUGUUCCUGCGACGACUUGGUGGCUGGCUACCUCGCCCCUGGGGCCGCCGGAAAUCAGAGAAGCCUGACUUGCCCGCCCCAGAACCCAGACAGAUGGACAGCUCCUCUGAGAAUUCAGGGAGUGACUGGGAUAGUGCCCCAGAAAACAUGGGCGAUCUGGGGCCUCCCAAGACCAAGGACUCAGGUGUACAGAAGAGCCCUGGGGCUGGUCCAGAACCAAGCAGGGAGUCCCAAGUUGAGCAGCUGCGGUGCAGAAGAAUGGAUCCUCUCCAGUGGGACAAGAAUGUCUCUGGCACUCAGGAGUCUGAGCGACUGGAGGCUGGAGAGGCCACUGUCAAACCAGGAUGGGAUCCUGUGGACUCAGAUGGCACCAGGAAACCCGGAGUGUCCCCUGAAGGAGGACUGAGCCCUCCUGGGCCUGAAGCCCCCGUGGAGAAGCCUGGCCGGCGUCAGAAGCUGCUGGGCUGGCUUCGGGGGGAAACAGGCGGGGGAGCAGGGGCUCCCUCCCAGUACCUGGUGGGCCCAGAGGAGAGUCUGCAGAUCUCCACCAACCUGACACUGCAUCUGCUAGAGCUGCUAGCCUCUGCCCUGCUGGGGCUGUGCUCAAGGCCACUGCGGGCAGCCUUGGACGCGUUGGGCCUGCGUGGACCACUGGGCCUCUGGCUGCAUGGGCUACUGUCCUUCCUGGCUGCCCUGCACGGGCUCCAUGCUGUGCUGAGCCUCCUUACCGCCCACCCCCUGCACUUUGCCUGCCUCUUUGGUCUUCUCCAGGCCCUGGUGCUGGCUGUCAGCCUCCGGGAUCCUAGUGGGGAUGAAGUGGCCACUGACUUGGAGGGUGAGAAAUUGGGGAGGGAGGGUGAGGAGCAGAGAGAAGACCCAGGAAAGGGGCUGUGACCGUGGGGUAGGGUAUGAGCCAGGGGCCCACCCGCCUUCAGUAAGGUGGGAGUGAGGGUGAAGACAGAGUAGUGGGAGCAUGGUCCAGGUUGUGGGCACAGGGACCUCAGGGAUGGGGCAGAAACCCCAGAGUAUGAGGGCAUGGUGCCCCCCUUCACACACAGGAGAGCUGUUUAGGGUGUCUCUGUUUAUGGGCAGUGGGGGCAUUGCCCUUGAAUUCACCAGCUAUUAAUUUUUGCUUUUACAUUUCUCCCAUUUCCAGUUUCUUUUCCACCUCCACUUUUUAAAAGCAAAAAAAAAAAAAAAAA